GCUCGGCUAGUCACUCGAUCGAAAGCAAAGGAUAGCAAGCACUCUGCUGGCCAACCGGACCGAAGACAACAUCCUGCGGGGAAACUGAUCGACUUAAUUGCGAAUAUAGUUGAAGAUUAGCACGAGCAUCAUCAAACAUGCAAUCCGCUUGUCUCGUAGCUCAGCAGACGCCCUUCGCCGCCUCACCUCGACUGGUCUCAAACGGGAACUGUUCAGUACACGCCAGCAGUAAAUCUGCCCUGUGGAGACCAUGGCUCGUGACUCGCGACAAUGCGCAAACUAGAUGCCAGAGAAGCCAGCUUGCUUGUCCUUACUCCAGACCUCCUGUGCCAGGCGCCACCACAACCUCCAGCAAACUACAGCCCUUUCAACACCCUGUCAGGCUUUUCUGGCCCAAAUCUAAGUCAUAUGACUACCUGUACAGCGAUGGAGACGCCUUGCUCAGAAACUUCCCUGUCCAAGCGACGAUCAGUUUCUAUGAGGAAUCGGACAGUGAUACUGAUGAGGAAGAUGAGGACAAUGAGGAAGAAGAACAGCUGAUGGAGGCAGAGCAGAAAGGCCAGUCUCAGGAAUAUGUCCAGCCUCACCCUUGCUUUAGUGGCUUAAAUUAAAUCCAUGGACACACUGAAGAUGCCCCAGAGGGGGGAGAACUCUGGUUUCUCUGCCGUAAGUGAACAGGACUGACCACCAGUCAGAUGUGGACAGCCUCUAGUUGGCAAUCAGAAGCAGGGCUUCAGGAGCUGACGGCGGAGCUCACUCCAGCCAGCAUCAGUGCUCUCGCUGCUUUCAGCUUGGGCUGAGAAACUAAAAUGCUCUCACUCUUUUGAUGUGUGUGUUCUUAGAAGUUCCUUUUGGGGACAGAAUCAUUGGUGAACAAAUGGAUCUCACAUUGGGACGAGGCUGUUUGCCAUCCAUCUCAGGACCUAACUCUUGUUACUAUUUUUAAAUUAUAGUGUACAUAUCCACAUAAAUAUAUUUAUCUUUAUAUUGACUAUUUUUCUACUUUUCCCAUG